AUGGGUGAUGUCACUCAAACAUUUAACACAACUGGAAACUUCAUUUUUAAUGGGAAAAAAUAUAACAUUCAGCAUUUAAAUCAAGGUACUAAUGAUCUUGACUUAACAACUCCAUUCGCACAUAUAAUAUUUAAAGAUAAAAUCAACUGGAAAUCUAACCAUUCCUACUGUGAGACACAUGGUGAUCAUGUAAAACUCCCCGAAAGAAACAUCAGUAUACCUCAUGUGCAUUUUAAUUCAAGUACGUCUAACCAUAGAUACCACAGUAGACAUAAACGAUCUGACUCUUUAGAAAGAUAUAUAGAAUUGAUGGUUGCAGCAGGUCCAGAAAUGUGGAGGUACCAUGGAGAUGACUUAGAACAUUAUGUACUCACAUUGUUGGCCAUGGUCACUAACAUAUAUAAACAUCCAUCUAUAAAAAAUUAUCUUAACUUAGUUGUUGUCAAAUUUUUAGUCCUUAAAGGUGAUGAGGAAAAUCUAGAAGUUACAUCAAAUGCAGUAAAAACAUUACAACAAUUUUGUAAAUGGCAAUACAAGCUAAAUAUUGAAGAUGAUGCUAAUGAACAUCAUGAUGCUGCAAUACUUCUGACAAGGCAAAACAUGUGCAGGUCAGAGAACAACUGUGAAACGUUAGGUUUGGCUGAACUUGGGACUAUGUGUGAUAUGAAAAGAAACUGUGCUAUUAUUCAGGAUAAUGGUCUUGGUUCAGCUUAUACUAUUGCCCAUGAGUUGGGGCACUUAUUUAACUUACCUCAUGAUGACAGUGACAAAUGCAAAGAGAUUACUUCUGUCAGUGACCAAAGUAGUCAUGGUACAUACCAUAUCAUGUCCCCAACAUUAGAUUAUGAUUCCAGUGGAUGGCUUUGGUCAGAUUGCAGUGCGGUUCUUCUCACCAAAUUUAUUGAUUUAGACUAUGCAGAAUGUCUCCUAAAUAAACCAUUUAUCAAAAAGUAUCAAAGAUUUCGUUCAAGAGAAAAGUAUCUUCCACCUGGACUAAAAUAUGAUGUAGACACUCAAUGCCGUCUGGCAUUUGGGCGAAAUUCAUACAGUUGUCCAACAAGAACAAGUUUUGCAUGUUCCCGUUUAUGGUGUAUUGGAGACACAGAGGAAACUUGUCAUUCUGAGAAUUUUCCAUGGGCUGAUGGAACACCUUGUGGUGCAGCAAAGUGGUGUCAAAAUGGUGUUUGCGUUAUAAAAAGACACUUUGAAAAAGUUGAUGGUAACUGGGGCAAUUGGAGUGAAUAUGAUGAAUGUACCUUUUCCUGUGGUGGUGGCAUAAAGAAAUCAAAGCGUGAAUGUAAUAACCCCAUACCAAAACAUGGUGGUGCUUAUUGUAUUGGAAAAAGAAUAAAAUAUAAAUCUUGCAAUACUAAGAAAUGUCCAGAAAAUACCAAAGAUUUCAGAGCUGCACAGUGUUCAGAAUUUAAUGGCAAAAUUCCACUUAUGGGACUUCCUUCAAAUGUGAUGUGGGUUCCAAAAUAUUCUGGAAUCCAUUUGAAAAACACCUGUAAACUUUACUGUCGUGCAUCACAUGGAAAUGACUAUUAUUUACUAAAAGAACAAGUUACUGAUGGAACUAAAUGUUCUGAAGAUACUUUUGAUGUUUGUGUGAAUGGAAAAUGUCAGAGAGCUGGAUGUGAUUACCAACUUGGCUCUACCAUGAAACGAGACCGUUGUGGUGUUUGUGGUGGUGAUAAUUCUUCUUGCAGAACAGAAACUGGCACACUAACUUACACAAAAUAUGGCUACAACAAAGUUGUUGAUAUUCCUGCUGGUGCCAGCAGUAUCCAUGUAUCCCAACGUGGCAAUGGUAAAAGAGCUGAUGAAAAUUACCUUGCACUUCAGGAUUCAAAAGGUAAUUUUAUUUUAAAUGGAGAUUAUACUAUAAAAGAAUAUCAUCACCGGUUUCGAGUGAAAGGUGGAAGUGUAGAAUACAGUGGAUCUAUUAGUCCUGUUGAACAGAUUAACUCUUCAAGUAUCAUUGAAGAACAGCUGACUGUGUUGGUUUUAUCUGUGGGGUCAGUUGAGCCUCCUAAUAUUGUUUACUCCUAUAGUAUAUCAACUGGUGAGAAUGUAAGGUACUCUUGGAAUGCUGAUGGACCUUGGACUGACUGUGAUAAAAUAUGCCAGGGCCAGAAACGUAGAAGAAUUAUUUGCACCAGAGAUGAUGCUUUAAUAGUAUCUGAUCAGCGCUGUGAUGAAAACACUAAACCAAGUCAGAUUAUACAACAAUGCAACAUGCACUGUUCUAUUGGCUGGAAGGUGAUAUACAAAGAACGGUGUUCUGCAAGAUGUGGACCUGGACGUCAAAAGCAAAAAGUUCGCUGUGUAAAGACCUCUGCUACAAGUUAUGAAAUAACUGAUGAAAAGUAUUGCAACCAUCUUCCGAAAACUCAUAAUGAAAUUGUACCAUGUGAAGGGAAAUGUCUGCAAACACAUUGGGGAUAUGAUAACUGGUCUGUGUGUAGUAAAAGUUGUGGUACUGGAACUCAAAUAAGGCGGUCUUAUUGCUUGGAUGACCGAAACAAACGACUCCCUGAUACAGAAUGUAAUAUUCAAAAUAAAAUAUUCCGACAAAUUUGUAACGAUCACCGAUGUGCAAGCUGGACAUUUGGAGAUUGGAGUGGCUGUACAGCAACAUGUGGUUUAGCCAAAAAGCACAGAGAUGUCUGGUGUCAGAAUGAUGUUGACCAGAAGAUCCCUGAUGAAUUUUGCCAUAAUGCUCAUCGACCAAAGUCUUUCAUUGAAUGUAACCAAACUGAGUGUCCAGUAUGGUCGUAUGGACCAUGGAGUGAGUGUCCAAAGACUUGUGGCAUUAGUUGGAAAAAGAGAGCUGUGCAAUGUCAUACUGUAAACCAUAUAUUAGUACAAGAUGAACUAUGUCCUGUUCACCAGAAACCAGUUACCAUGCAACAGUGUAGAAUAACAGAGUGUCUAACACCAACUACAAUUCCCCCUAGAAGCAACGUUAAACAAGAAUCUACAUUAAAGUGGAGAUUUGGUAGUUGGACAGAGUGUUCUGCCCAGUGUGGUGCUGAAGGUGAUCGACAAAGAUAUGUCAGUUGUACUAAUGACAAAGGAAACACCAGAGACGAUGCCGAGUGUGGCCAUCUCACAAAACCUACCACAGUUGAAAGAUGUUUAUCUAAACCUUGUGGUCAAUGGCAAACUGGGCAGUGGGGAAAGUGUACUGUUAGCUGUGGAGAAGGAGUACAAACUCGUAUAGUUGCUUGUAUACAUCUUGAUCAUCAAGUUGAGGAGUUUAAAUGUUUCAAAAACUGGAAACCAGUUGCAGUUCAAGCAUGCCGACAACGAGAGUGUGAACUUCCAUCAAGUGAUUCUAGCAAUUCAUCUCAUUGGAGAGUUGGCAAAUGGAGUGGGUGCUCCAGUACCUGUGGUUCAGGCUGGCAGCGUAGAAGAGUUGCUUGUAACUUUGAAGACCAAAGCCGUUGUAAUGUUUUACGGAGACCUAUUGAAAGGAAACCUUGCAACAGUGGCUAUUGUCCUGGAUGGACAUAUGGAAACUGGAAUGAGUGUCCAGUAACUUGUGAUUCAAAUGCGUAUCAGAAAAGAACAGUAUUGUGUCAACUUCCAAAUGGUCAAAUGUUGCCAGAUCCAAAUUGUAACCUAUACCAAAAACCUGCUGAAACAAGGCCCUGCCUUUCAACUUGCAAUGAAGUAUAUGUAUGGAAUGUUGGAGCAUGGGGUCCUUGUCCUGCUAGUUGCGGUAAAUCUCGCAAAUACCGUAAAGUUCGAUGCAUCAAUAAAGAUAAUAUUGAAGUUGACUUAUCAAAAUGUCCUGGCAAACCUCUUCGAUCCAGUAAACGGUGUCGAGUAAAGAAAUGUCCUCACUGGUACAAAGGUCCUUGGAGGCCAUGCUCUGUUGAAUGUGGUAAUGGUACAAGAACAAGAGAAGUUACUUGCAAACAAUCUAAAUAUAAAGCAAUACCUGAUGUAUAUUGUAACAAGAAAAAGAAACCUAUAAGUGUGAAAAGUUGCUAUCCAGCACCCUGUAAAUAUGUAUGGAAAAAAGAGAGGUGGUCAUCGUGUUCUAAAACCUGUGGAUUUGGACAGAAACAGCGAGCUGUAAAUUGCAUGGAUUAUGAAAAUAAAUCUUUAGCUGCAGAUAAGUUUUGUUUAUUCAAGAAGCCUAAAACCCAUAGAAGAUGUGCUGAGUUCCCUUGUCCUCUACAAUGGACCACAGGCCCUUGGACUGAUUGUCCGGACGUUUGUGGAAUCCAGGAGGUUAACAGAAGAGUGACCUGCAUAGAUAAAUCUGGCCGAGAAUAUCCUUCCUCAAACUGUAAAGAUACUGCUCCAGUAUCAAAACGAAUAUGUCCAAGUAAAAGAUGUUUUGUUUCUUCAUGCCAAGAAUUAAGAGAUACAACAUCCAUUAGACAAGAUAGCACUUACCGACUGCUUAUCAGAGGAAAACUUGUCCCGAUUUACUGCAAUAAAAUGAAAAAGAAUCCUGUUGAAUACAUUACUCUACAAUCUCCUGAAGAAAACUUCUCAGAAAUCUAUGAGAAACGACUGAAAAAGAAAUGGACUUGCCCUCAAAAUGGUAGUCGCAUCGAGAAUUGCUAUUGUCAUAAAAAAAAUUUCAGCAAAGCGGGUUACACAACAUUUUCAAAAAUACGAAUUAGUUUAAAAACAUUAACUGUAGUAUUAAAUGAUUUCACUUUCGCAACAACUCGAAAUGGAAAAAAUGUCCCUUUUGGAACAAGUGGAGAUUGUUAUAGUUCUUUGAAUUGCCCUCAAGGACAAUUCCAAAUUGACUUAUCACGGACUGACUUUGCAGUUUCUCCAAGUACCAAGUGGAUAUCAACAGAUGAAAAAUAUCAUCACAGAAUAUCAGUAUCUAAGAAUCAUAAAUUAAUAAGAGGUUUGUGUGGUGGCAGAUGUGGAACCACAUGUCUUCCUGACCCCCGUAUUGGUUUACAACUUCAACUGAGUAAUUGAUUCAUAGAAAAAAAAUAAUGUGGAACCAAUGCAUCAUUAGGCUGUAUUACUACAACCAUCUUUCAUUGUAAAUAAUCCAUUCCAAAAGACUAAUAUUGUGACUAUUAUUAUUAUUAGUCUUUGUUAUUUAUUUUUUCUAAGACUAGACAAAUUAUUUACACAUUUGAGUGCAAUAUUUGAAAAAAUGUAUAAGAUAUACGUGCAUAUAUAUAUAUGGUGAUGAUAUAUAUAUUGUGUGUUUGUAUUUGUGUGCGUUUGUAUAAAUAGUUUGUGUUGUAAAUGUCUCAAUGAACAUAACACUGCUGGUAAAUGUGAUUAUUAUUGUUGUUAUUGUUAUUAGGGUUAUAGACUUGGUCAUGAUGAUAGAGUAGCAGACAAAUUGACUUUCAGUAUUUAAUCUCAACCUUCAGUUCUAAGUUCAUAUCCUGAUAGAGUCAACUCUACUUUUCAAUCUUCUAAACGUCUAUAAAAUAAGUAUCAUUUUUAUACUAUAGAUUAUUCCUUCCUCUUAUAUUUGUGAACUUGUCCCUAUAUAAGAAAUUAUUAUUUUUCAAUAUUCUGAGUUUAAGCCCUUCUAAUGUCAAAUUUUCCUUUCAUCCCUCCAGGGAUGGUAAAUAUGGAAAUAGUUAUGAUCUGGGAUUAAUUAAAUUGACACACUUAUUCUCCAAAAUUUGUGACCUUGUGUCAAUAUCAGAAACCAUAAUUAUUUACUAUUAUUAUUGUUAAGGUGGCAAGCUGCUAGCAGAAUUGUUAGCAUGCCGGGCAAAGUACUCAGUAGCAUUUCAUCCAUCUUUACGUUCUGAGUUCAAAUUCUGUCAAGAUUAAUUUUGCCUUUCAUCCCUUCAGGGUUGAUGAAAUUAGUACCAGUUAUGCACUGGGUUCAAUGUAAUCAACUAGCUCCCUCCCCCAAAAUUUCGGCCUAUAGUAGAAAGGAUUAUUAUUAUUAUUAUUAUUAUUAUUAUUAUUAUUAUUAUUAUUGUUAUUAUUAUUAUUAUCAUUAUUAUUUAUAAGACAGUGAGCUGGCAGGGUUGUUAUCGCUUCAGACAAAAUAUUUAGCAGCAUUUCUUCCGGCUCUUUACAUUCUGAGUUGUAAUUCCACCAAGAUCAACUUUCCCUUUCAUCCUUUGGGAUCAAUAAAAUAAGUUGAGCAUUGGAAUUGAUGUAAUUGACUGGCUCCCUCCCCACCAAAUUUCAGGCCUUGUGCCUAUAAUAAAAAAAAGUAUUUUUAUUAUUAUGUACAGUUAUUCAGGCCUUGUAGAAAGGAUUAUUAGGUACGCUUAUUUUAUUAUUUCCAAUUUGCAUUUUUCUUUGGUUUUGCUCAUUUUGUUACUGUUUUACCAUAUCUUUAUUUUCUGUUGUUUAAAAAAUGCUAUGGUUGAGAACUACUAGCAUAAAGGACACUAAAUGGCAGUCUAAAGUCAUGAUUAUUAAAUAUCACUCAAAAGAAGUGAUGAACCCUAAAUGUUAAAAAUAUUUCACACCAGACUAGUAAAAGCAAAUUCAGGUCCAGUUAUCAUUUAUGUAUAUUGAUUUAUGAAAUACAAUGAAAGCUUUAAAAGAUUUAAGUCUCGAACCAAAUGUUGGCAUCUGUUAUAAUCUGCCAAGAAAUUAUGAAUAUGUCAUUGGUGAAAUUCCUUUCAAACAAAAUCACUGAAUUAUUUUGUAAAUAGAACAUAAAACUCAUAAUCAUUAAUUAUGACUGAUCUGUUGGUUUGAAAAACUGAUCUAGAACAUACCAUUAAGUAUGUAUAACCAGUAAGAGUUUCAGGAGCGAGAUAUUUCACUAGAAACUGCCAAUUGAUGUGAGAUAUGAACUUAAAUUAUUCUUUAUUAUAGAAAUAAAUUUAUGAUUAUUCUUCUUUGUAAAAUACAAUAGACAUUGCCUGUUAAUCUACUAGAUAUGUUCAUAACACUAAAUGGCUUAGACGUUCAUUUUCAACUUUGAAAUUCCAUUUUAUUGAAGAUUGUUAAGAAUAUUUCUUCAGACUUUAUUUUUUCAUUGCAUUCAAGAGUUUGGUUUUUUAAGUUGAAUUAUUAUCUAGGGAGCUUAUAUUUGACUGGCUAAGCAACUUAAACAGAGAACCAGCUUUUGACACUGUAUUGUCUCCUUGGCAAGUUACUUUACUCUACCUACUUUGGCCAAUCUUUCUCAUGAGAAUAAGACUUAUUUUAAAAUUAUAAUGGAAUGGUUGACACCAAGAUUGAAAACGUGUUUCAAUGAUUUACAAAAAUGUGUGAGGUUUGAGAACUAUCAGUCCCAUGGUUGUGUCAUAAAAACUGAGAAUUAUGUCCAAAAUAAUUUAUGACUGCCUCUCUCAAGUUAAUACCAAAUAUAUGUCUGUUUACUCAAUUUUGAAAACUAUAACCCUUUGGAUAAAUUAAAGAUUGAGAUAAAACUUCAAAGAAAGAAUUAUCAAUGAAAUUCAUUUAGCCUAAUGUUUAACUGAAAAAGAAUAUUAAAACAAUAGUUAUCAUCUUGACAUUCUUUACUUAAAGAUCUAAUAUAAUUGACCAAUGUGAGGCCAAUUACUAUGCUUUGGCAUCAUAAUAAUAUAAAACACAUUUCUUCACAUCUACACCUGUGUCACCUGAUCAUCUGCUGAAGUUAAAUAGUGCUGGUGUUAGUACUAAUAAAAUAGACAACAAUAAUACUCAGUAUAAAAUAUUUAUAACACUGUAAACUGAAGCAGUGAGUCAUGUUCCAUAUAUAAAGUAUUUUUGUAAAUAAAUUUUUAUCCAUAGUAAUCAUGAUAAGGUGCUUUUAUUAGCAUAACCUCUGCAGAAGCUACUUUGAAGAAUUUAUACAUAUAUUUAUAGAUAUUAUAUUAUUAUUAUUAUUAUUAUUAUUAUUAUUAUUAUUAUUACUAUUAUUAUUAUUAUUAUUAUUAUGUACAUAUAUAUAUUUAUAUACUUACUUAAAAUAAAACAAAAGGAAUAUCAUGAAAUGAAAUGAAGAAUUAUUCAAGUUAAGAAAAUAAUCCAAGAUUUUAUGAUAUUGUAUAUGUGUGUGUGUGUGUAUGUAUAUAUAUAUAUAAAGAAAUAAUGAAAAAAGGCUUUGAAUUGUCAUUUGUAAGUGAACCGAUAUAUAGUAAUUAUUCUCUAUGCCUAUACAUGUAGUUUCUUAAAAUAUUUAUCAUUAAGGACAUGAAAUCUU